AUGUCGGAACCGAUGAACGAAACGCCAUCAGCGGCGCCGGUAGCCCUCACCACCACCGGAUCGGCCGACCCUCAAGCGCCUGGCGGUACCGGCAACCAAACGGGUGGCCAAUCGCCGGCAGUGGCGCCGCCGCCGCCACCGCCCACGCAGUCCACGAAACUGGACUACGAGUUCAGCAAAGAGUUGGACGGAUGGGUGGAACAGCUCAUGGACUGCAAGCAGUUGACUGAACAACAGGUGCGCCAACUGUGCGAUAAGGCGAAGGAGAUACUGUCGAAGGAGUCCAAUGUCCAGGAUGUCAAGUGCCCGGUGACGGUGUGCGGUGAUGUCCAUGGACAGUUUCACGAUCUUAUGGAGCUGUUCCGCAUUGGCGGUGAGUGUGUGCUUAUGAUGGGUCGAUCGCCGGACACGAACUACCUGUUUAUGGGCGACUACGUGGACAGGGGGUACUACUCGGUCGAGACGGUGUCCCUAUUGGUGGCCCUGAAAGUCCGUUUCCGCGACCGCAUCACCAUAUUGAGGGGUAACCACGAGUCGCGUCAGAUAACGCAAGUGUACGGCUUUUACGAUGAAUGCCUCCGAAAAUACGGGAACGCCAACGUCUGGAAGUACUUCACGGAUCUCUUUGAUUAUCUACCGCUUACCGCAUUAGUCGACAACCAGAUAUUCUGUUUACACGGCGGCCUCUCGCCCUCCAUCGACACGCUGGACCACAUCCGGGCGCUCGACCGGCUCCAGGAGGUGCCCCACGAGGGACCCAUGUGCGACCUGCUAUGGUCGGACCCGGACGACAGGGGCGGGUGGGGUAUCAGCCCUCGCGGGGCCGGCUACACCUUCGGACAGGACAUAUCCGAGACGUUCAACCACACGAACGGCCUAACGCUCGUCGCCCGGGCCCACCAGCUCGUGAUGGAGGGCUACAACUGGUGUCACGACCGCAAUGUGGUGACCAUAUUCUCGGCGCCGAACUACUGCUACCGGUGCGGCAAUCAGGCGGCCAUCAUGGAGUUGGACGACACCCUCAAGUACUCGUUCCUGCAGUUCGAUCCGGCGCCCAGACGUGGGGAACCACAUGUCACUAGACGUACGCCCGACUACUUCCUGUAAGGCGGUGGACAGCCGUCGAACACCCAACCCCUCGUAGGAUAGCUUAUCUCUAUAUACCCCUAACUCCCCUAUCCCUUAGACUUAUGUGUGUUUUUUUUGUAUUGUUUUUAUGAACUGUUUUUGUGUUUGUAUUGCAUAUACAAUCACAGGCCCCCCUGUCCGCCCCCUUUCUAUACGAUGUCAACGUGUGAUGUUAGGUAGUGUUGAUACAGACAUACAGUCCUCUCCCUGUUAUUAACUCCCAGUCCACUGAUUUUUAAAAAAAUUAUUUGUGUAGUGUUUAGAGAUAUUUGUGUUGAAAACCGACUCUUUGUCUGUUGAUAUCAAUACGCGAAUCGAUUCAUUAGUUUACGAGUUAAUUGAUUACACAUUUUAAAUGAUUAAUAAUUGGCUAUUAUUUUCAGUUUUGUUUUUAAAUUGUUAUUAUAAUUAAUGAAAGCAUACACAAAAC